GGUCAUUACAAAGAAGCAAAAAUCACAUUUAUGUCACAAGAAAAUAUUGAUAUUCAAGCCAUGGCUGCUCAACUGGCCCAACAGGGUCAGCUUAUACAACAACUUCUUUCCCAACGCUCGGAUCAUACUGAGCCUAUCGAGCAAGAUGAAGGUAUGGUGCUACCCCAGCCUAUUCUCCACGAAUUACCAGUUCGCCCUAGCUAUGAUUGGCAACCUCCACAGGAAUUGUAUGACCGUAUUGGAUCGCUCUCGAGCCCCAUAUUCAAACAGACACUCUCUGACGAGGAGCGCAAAUCAAUCGUCGAACGCUAUCCACCCAUUCAGGGAUUAAAGUACGCCCCUCCCUCGGCAAUUCCUGAGGCACAACGACGUUUCAACAAAGGACAAGCACGCGAAGACUCGACGCUUCGCAAUUUACAAUAUACUGCCCUCCGCCAUUCUGCGUCCUUUAGACACCUUAAGUCAUGAACUGCUACAGGUAUCUUCCAAUGAAGACGCUCCACGCAUCUUUGUUAUGCUCAACGAUGUGCGUACCCUGGUACUAAAUCUCUGCGGAUCCAUUAACAACGCGCGCAACAAUCUCGCUUUACGUACAAUCAAUCCGACGUACAACAUAUCGGAGGACUCCGCCGAAUACACUAUGGACCCAUCUAAAUUCCAGGA